GAUCUUAUUUUUGAUCUCGUUCGUACAACUUGUGAUGUUGCGUUUAUUCAGGAAACUUUGAUCUCGGAUGACUCUCAGUUUAAGUCCUUGUCUGCUCGUUGGUCUGGGCCCAGUUUUUGGUCCCCAGCCAUCGGCAAGCAGGGUGGUGUUUGUGCUUUGUUCCAUCAUCGUUUUGAAGGUAAAUGCCUUUCCUGGCGUAAGGAUUCAAGUGGUCGCGUGAUUAGUUUGUUAAUUGAUUAUUUAGGUAGUCAAAUCAACCUUCUCGGUGUUUAUGCCCCGACUAAUCCUUCCGAUCGUAAAUCCUUCUUAGAAAAUGUGCAUGAGUUUUUUAUUCCUGCUGGUAACAGGAUUAUUUGCGGCGAUUUCAAUUGCUACGAAAGCGAUCUCGAUAAAUUCGGUGGUAAUGUGAAUGUUUGUUGCGCUAUUUCUGAAUUUAAAAAUAAUUUUCACUUAACCGAUAUCUGGCGUAAAUUACACCCUAAAUCGCGUGAGUUUACCUGGUUCAAUUCGGAUCUCUCGAUUGCUAGUCGCCUGGAUAAAUUUUAUAUUUCCUCUGACCUCGUUCAGUUUGUUUCUUCUUCGUCUAUUUCCCCUUGUUGUUUUUCUGAUCAUGAUUCUGUUGCUCUUGUUAUUAAUUUCCCGAAUUGUGCGCCGCAUGGUCCUGGUCUUUAA